UGCAUAUGUAGGGAGAGGGGGAGGUAUACAGUACAUACAACGAGAGAAGGAGAAAAAGAGAGAGAGGGUCCGUCAUCAUCUGUGUUACAAAUGUUGCACAUGACCGCUGUCUGGUCUGUGUCAGGAUUAACACGCUCCUUCACAGUGGUGUUGCUUUUUAUUCUGCAGUAAGAUAUCCUCAGGUCUGAACUCUUGGAUGAGAGUCACUUGCCAGAGGAUUUCCCCACCCCCCCCUUUUUUUCAAUUUUUAAAUAAGACUUCCGACUUGGUCAGAAGACGGGUGUACUACUAUCUAGACGCAAGUCACAAUGUGAGGCUGUGUGUCAAGAAAAACUAAAUGAAAAAGAAGAACAUACAGUUUAGUAAGUUCCGACACUCUUUUGGGGUUUGUGGUGCUGUGGAACACUUCCAAAAGGACUGAAGAGCCGGGGGACCUUAGGAUGGAGGUGGUGUUGUGUGCCUCAGACUGUGCAGGGGAUCUACAGGGGGACCUUUAGGACGAGAAAUGUUUGUACAACUUCUCCAGACUCUAGUUGAAAAGCUUGCAAGAGCAACAUGAGCUGGAGUUUCCUCACUCGUCUCCUGGAAGAGAUCCACAACCACUCCACCUUUGUGGGCAAAGUGUGGCUAACCGUGCUCAUCAUCUUCCGCAUCGUCCUCACGGCAGUAGGAGGAGAGUCCAUCUACUCGGACGAGCAGACCAAGUUCACCUGCAACACCAAGCAGCCCGGCUGCGACAAUGUAUGCUAUGAUGCCUUUGCGCCACUCUCGCAUGUGCGCUUCUGGGUCUUCCAGAUCAUCAUGAUCUCCACGCCGUCCAUCAUGUACAUGGGCUACGCCAUCCACAAAAUCGCCCGCACUUCGGAGGAGGAGCGGAGGAGGAACCACAGGAUGCGGAAAAAAACAGCUCCUCACUCCAGAUGGAAAGAGGGCUACCAUCUGGAGGAUGUCUUGGAGGGAGAGGAAGAUGAUGAUGCAGAGCCUAUGCUCUAUGAAGAUACUCUGGAGGCUCAGGAGGCCAAGCCUGAGAGAAACAGCACUUGCAAAGAGGCACCAAAGCAUGACGGCCGACGGAGAAUUAUGCAAGAGGGGCUGAUGCGGAUCUAUGUUCUUCAACUCAUGUCAAGAGCCAUCUUUGAAGUUGCUUUCCUCGCAGGACAGUACCUCUUGUAUGGGUUCCGAGUUAGUCCUUCCUUUGUGUGCAACAGGGUUCCUUGUCCACACCGAGUGGACUGUUUCAUCUCCAGGCCAACAGAGAAAACAAUUUUCUUGCUCAUCAUGUAUGUGGUAAGCUGUCUCUGCCUCGUGCUCAACGUGUGUGAGAUGCUCCACUUGGGAAUCGGCACUUUCCGAGACACCCUCCGCCUGAAAAGAAAGCAUGGUCGGCGGACCUGCGGCUACCCGUUCUCCCGCAACAUUCCGGCCUCCCCUCCCGGGUACAACCUGGUCAUGAAGACUGACAAGCCCAGCAGGAUGGCCAACAGCCUCAUCACUCAUGAGCAGAACAUGGCCAACGUGGCCCAGGAACAGCAGUGCACCAGCCCGGAUGAGAACAUCCCCUCGGAUCUGGCAAGCCUUCACCGGCACCUGCGUGUCGCCCAGGAGCAGCUCGAUAUGGCUUUUCAGACUUACCAAACUAAGAACACCCAGCAGACCUCCAGAACCAGCAGUCCCGUGUCAGGGGGGACGAUGGCGGAGCAAAACAGAGUCAACACUGCCCAGGAGAAGCAGGGAGCUAGGCCCAAGUCAGCCACGGAGAAGGCUGCUACCAUUGUUAAAAAUGGAAAAACCUCAGUCUGGAUUUAGAAAUAAAUGUGUGAUUUAAUAGUCAUAAUUUAAGACAUAGUGACUACACUGUGACAAAGCUGGAGGAUUUGUAGGGUGGACUCCAAUCAGACCAUCUAAAGGAUUAGAGAACAUAAAGGGACAAACAUAAAAUACACACAAAAACUGUUGAGAAUCAUCUUUGUUACUAUCCUGUGUAAUUUUGUGCUUUCAACCAUUAACAUACUGUAGUAGGCCUCGUUAGUGACCUGGUCUCUAAUUGAACUAAAUCAUCACGAUAGAAACAAGAGCAUUCCAAGCAAGCAAGUGUUUAUCUAAUCUACCCUCGACUGCUGCUAAAUGGGAUUUAGUGGCUGAUUACUCGGGAAGUAUGAUUGGUGAUUCAUAUAAUUCAUAUGAAUGGAUGGAUAGGAUGGAUGAGUGUUGCUGGAAGCAGGUUGAAAUGUGAAAUAAUAUUUUGAUAAAGUAACAAUCCAUUUAUCUUCAUGAUUUUCAGUCAGUUCAUGCUAUCUUGUUUAUUCCCUAAAAUAUUUUUUAUAAAAAAGGAAGAAAGAAAAAUGGCUUCUUUCCUAUAGUACCGUAUUUUCCGGACUGUAAGUCACUCCGGAGUAUAAGUUGCACCAGCCAAAAAUGCACAAUGAAGAGGGAAAAAAAUAAAACAUUAGUCACACUGGACUAUAAUUCGCAUUUUUAAAAUUGAUUUUAUGAAAUCAGAGAUCAAGAACAGACAUUUAAUCUUGAAAGGCAAGUUUUAGUAACAAUAAAAUGGAGAACAGGCUAAAUAGGCAUCACCUAUUCAUGUAACGUGAAUAGGUUGUAGGCAUGUGAACAUAAUGUCAUUCAGAUCACUAUAGCCUAAACAACGUAACAUAACUAGUUUGCCAAACUCACCCCAAAUCACUACCAAAUCCAUUGAAUUCUUCAUCCUUGGUGUCACCAACUACAGAAGUACAUGGCGUGCCGUUUCCUCUACUGCACGCAAAACUGGCAACUACGUGGGCGUGGAGACGUAACUGAACUGUUUACAAGCCUCUCUCAGCAGCACGUUGUUCAAGCACCCACUUGUCCCUCGAGCUCUGUCCUCUAUCCUCCACUUUUUGCCAGUCUCUCACAAGUUCACUUCUGGUCACGUGACGGCGAUGAAGCGAUGGUGGGUCUGUGACGUCAUCGUUCUAAUAUCACUAGUAUAACAGUAGCAGACACUGGCUGUGAUAUCUUCAUAUAUCAACUAAAAAGAGAGAAACUUAUCUCUUGUUUGGGGCGGCAUGGACCAGGUGAAGGUUGCGGGUUGCGGGUUCGAUCCUCCAUCCUCCCGUGAUCGUGUCGAAGUAUCCUUGGGCAAGAUAUUGAACUCCCAGUUGCUCCUGAUGCUGUGUGAUCAGUAGGUAAAUGUGCUAGCAGUGUCAAAGCGCUUUGAAUGCCUUGGAGGUGGAAAAGCGCUAUAGAAGUGAAAGACCAUUUACCAUUUGUUUGGGUGGCUUUAUUUCAGAGUGGCCAGCAGCAUCUUGUCUCUAGCAUAGCGACAGCACAACUCACAGCGCUUCCAUACAACAGACAUAGUCCACAGAUGUUAGUGCCAUCUAGGGGCAUUGAAGUGUAACAACAUGACAAAUACACUCAAUGGCACACAGGCCUAACACACCCUGUCGCGGCUGUCAUUGUAAAAAAAAAAAAAGAACACAAAAAAAACCCCACAUGUCACUCAUGAGAAUAAGUCGCAGGACCAGCCAAACCAUGAAAAAAAGUGUGACUUAUAGUCUGGAAAAUACGGUACUGAUUUUGUGUUAUCUAAAGAUGAUGCAUGCUUUACAUAGAUUUCGAUAGAAACCCCAACUUCACCAGUUAAACUACACAUUGAAUUUAUGGUUAGGCAUGUUACGUCUUUGAAGAUGAGUGUCUUUAGUAUUUUCAAAAUUGAUUUUGAAGUUUAAUCCUGCCUUUAUCAUUCAUCAAAGUGCCUCAAACUAAGACUGUUGCUGUAUUUUAUUCUCAAGAAAAUAAAGUUAUUCUGAAGC